AAUCGAUCUCUUCAGUGCUCGGUCCGAAACAAAGCCUAUGAGAUUGAACAAUCAGCCAACAAUUGUCUAUCCAAACUCUCUUCGCUCUCUUCAUGCCAUAGCGUUUUAACCGAAUGAACAAAUUCAUUCGUACAGUUCGUGGCGGAGUCGGCUGCAUGAGCAGGGAUCUGAAAUUACACGGACGGGCAACAAUGUUCGAGACCAGAACUUGUCUCCUACUUACUCUCUGUCUGUUCUCAAAGCUGUGGGCUCUUCGUCAUGACAGCAAUAGGUAGUGUCAACUGCAUGGGCUGAACCUGUUCUGGAAAGCAGAAGCAAGUAUCCGUCUUCACUGCAAUGACGAGCCAUGGUUAGUACUCCCCGUCUUUUCGAACAGGUACUGGGAUGCAAUCGGGACUUCUCAAUGCGUACCAGAACCCAUGAUCGCCAGUCUUGUGCAGCGUCGGGCCUUGAAAGAAAGCGACAUCGAGACCGCUAUGGUACUUUCGGAAAGCACACUGAGUCUCUGCCAUUUCCGAACAGAGCACCGGCUGACACUGCAUAUACCGGUCCCUACCUGACUAUGCGGUGCAACCUGGUGUGAACACCGCCAAAUUCGAGCCACAACUGCGAUGACGGUAUUUCAACGGUUCAAGUGAACAUUUCUGGCGAGAUAUCGCGACAUUUCGAGCAAUUCAAUCUCACUUUCAACCACGUUCCUUGCUUUUUCUACACUCGCUUGCAUAAUAUUGGCCCGAGAUUUAAUGGCAUAUGUACUCGAUGCUGGCCGGCCGGCUAUCGAUGCUGUGGAAUGUUCCUUUUUUUGGCCGUCCAUAAACGCAGAGCGUGCUACACAGAGUCAGAAAAUUCAGGGUGGCCCUGCUUUUGGUACCUAAGCACUUGAGUCUUCGCACAGGUAUAAAUAUCAGCGAAUUUCCAACACAAUGCUCACCAAGCACCUCGACAGGAUUCCGUCCGUCUUUCACUCGUUUCAGACAGCAUUGGAAAAGGCGUCAAGGCUUCCCGAAUCUCAUCAAUCAUGUAUCGUGGUCUAGUGCAAUCGGCUUUUCUUGCAAGCUCUGCCUUGAGCAUCUUUGCUGUCGCCAACCCGGUACUCCCUCGUGGCGACUCUUCGACUGGUUGGGGUACGUCCUCUGGCUGGGAUUACGGCUCCGGAGUUGGCAGCACACCUGUUGGUGGAUGUUCCGCUGGACCUACGACUACCUUGACCGUUACACUGCCCGGGGGUCCAAGCUCUUGUCCAGCUCUCCCGCCUCCAUCUACGAUCACUGUGAGCACUUGUCCCGGAACCACACCAGUGGGCGGAGUCACCGGCUGCUCGAAUUUGCCUCCCUCCACAAUUACGGUGACGACUGGAGGUCAAUGCCCACCCACCACGCCAGUUGGCCCAGGAAACUCCUGUCCAACUGUGCCGCCAUCCACCGUCACUGUUGGCUCCAGCUGCGCUCCAACCCAGCCGUGUAGCGGACCAGCAACUGUCACAGUGACUUCCGGGAUAGACUGCCCUCCGCCCUCUCCUGGAAGCACCACCACCGUCACCGUGACUAGCCCGGCAAGCUGUCCAACCUGCCCGCCACCCAGCUCCCCUGUCGGUCCCUGUGCCACUUCGACCGUGAUUAGCACACUGAUAUCGACAACGACGGUUGGUAGCGGAGUCUCAACGACCACUGUUGUCAUCCCGGCCCGGACCAUUACCGAAACUACCACCAUCGUUUCCACAAUUCCCGGGCCUGGAGCAACUACUACCGUUGUCUCUACAGUUCCCGGUCCAGUACAGACCACUACUGUUGUUUCGACCGUUCAGGCUCCAGGACAAACCACGACCGUUGUUUCUACAGUUCGCGGCCCGGCCGAGACUACGACUGUCGUUUCUACCGUUCAAGGUCCAGCUUCGACCACUACAGUCAUUUCGACAGUCCCAGGCCCUGUUCAGACGCAAACAGUCACCACUACCGAGAUCGGCCCGGGGCAGACAGUCACAUCCACUGUCACUAGUACUCUCACAAUACCAAAUGGACCUCCGUCCACAGUGACUACCACCGUGUCCCAGCCUUGUGGCCCUGGGCAGACAGUCACCGUUCCUGGACCAACGACAACUGAAAAAUGCACCAACGUCGGCCCAGCCCAGACCGUCACUGUCACAGGACCUACUGUGACCGCUGGACCUACCACCACCGUCACCACCACGGAGAAAUGUACCAACGGUGGACCGGGGGCUACCUCAAUCUGCGCCACGGUCACCCAAUGGUCGACGAUUGGAGGGGGAUAUGGCGGAGAUUAUUCAACUGAGACCGCUUCAACUACAGGCUGGAGCAAGGGGGGAUGGAGAAAGUGGUAA